AUGUUCCUUUUUCCCAUCCAAAGCGAAAGUCUAGUUACCCUUAUUUUGGCAGAAAGGAUUAAAUAUCUACUGGCAAUUCCCCUACUCCUUCCCAUUGGAAUCACAAUUAUCUACCGUCUUUAUGCCCACCCGCUGAGAGACAUCCCUGGCCCGCGUCUGGCUGCAGUGAGCGACUUUUAUGCCUUCUAUUAUAACUAUUUUGAAGAUGGCUACACAAAGAAAAUACAGAAGUUUCACAAAUUAUAUAAUUCACCUGUAGUGCGCAUCGGCCCAGCCCACGUCCAUGUCAAUGAACCUAGUAUUUUUGAAGAGAUAUUUCGUAUGGGAACAAGAUACGAGAAAUACCCAGCCUUUUACAAGUAUUUUGGUGGUCUAGAGAAGUUCAUCGAGUCUAAGGAUCACCGCACAUACCGACGCCAUUUGGCUUCACUGUACUCGUCUAAGUCUAUCGAUACCCUAGUGCCGAGACUCCUGACAGAUCUCCAUAUUGUUGGAGAGCGGCUGCAGAGGAGUUUGGAGCGUAAGCAAGCAGUGAGCCUUGAAAGGUUGUUUCGUACCCUCGCUACCGAUCUCAUUCUGCAAAUUCUAUUACCACAUGAUGUGAACAUGUUCGAAUUUGAGGGCUAUCAUCCUUUCUUGGAAUCUUAUGAUACGGUAAUGGAUAAAGUAUGGUUAUUUCUUACCUAUCCGCUAGCGGAGAAGGUCUUACGUCUUUGUCCCGGGAGUGAAAACAGGAAAUAUACAGCUGCCGCUCGCACUCUAGAGAAAUAUUUUGCAAGCUGGUUCAACGAAGGCCAGCAAGCCAGGACUUCUGGCAAAAGUCCUCAACGUGAUUCCCAUGUAACUCGAUACUUGGAAAUGGACACUGCCGACCAUCAAAAGGUCAGAGCUGUCAAUCAUCCAUUGAACGAUAUUUUCGACUUUAUCGCAGGAGGACGCGAUCCAGUGACACAUGCGAUGUCUUGCGCAUUUUACUAUCUUCUAAAAACACCCAGUUCCCUUUCUAAGCUACAAGCCGAACUCAGUGAGGCUGAUUCCUUUAUUCGAUACAACUUUGACCAUAAACAGAUUCAGACCCUCCCCUAUCUGAGCGCUGUCGUCAGGGAGACCUUGCGUCUCUCUAGCCCUAUCCCAGGAUGUCUCCCUCGGGUUGUUCCGGAGCAUGGAAUGAAUAUGGGCUCGAUAUAUCUUCCACCUGGGACAGCAAUCUCUGUCAGCAUUCUAGCAGUCCACCAGAACAACAAGAUGUUUCCUGAACCAGAAGAUUUUCUUCCGGAGCGCUGGCUAGGUGAUAAAGGAAAAAGUCUUGGGAAAUGGAACGUCGCCUUUAGUCGGGGCCCGCACCAAUGUAUCGGAAUGAACCUUGCCAUAUUCGAAAUCUAUUCUUGCAUCGCAUACCUUUUCUCUCGGUUUGAGUUCGUGCUGGCAAAUAGUCCCGAUGAAGAAUUGCAGUGGGUGGACAAAAUGAUUGCACAAAACUCAGUGGAUGUCAAGGUCCGCAUUACGAAAGACCUGUGGGCUGACGGCAUAUGA